CACUUCAUUCUAGAAAAACAAAUGUUUAAAACUCAAAUAAUAGACAAAAAAUGGCCCUUGCUUACUACGAUCGCACAAUCAACUCACCAUAUGACCUUGUGAUUGCCGCAUUGAGGGAGUCCUCCAGGCCUACCACCCUGCGUCAGCUCGCAACUUUCGUGACCAUAAAGACGGGGUUCCCGGGGGAGGUCUGUCACAAGAUCAUCACGGAGGCCCUCGAGAUGGGCAUGGACUGUGGAACCAUCCGACAAGUGGGUGAGCUCUACGACGCCGUGCCACCGGAACCACCGAGACUGCCACGACGUCCAAAAUCCAAAGGGCCGCAACCAAAGCCAGCGUAUGACUGCUGCGAUAAUUAAUUCAUAAUGCCGUGAGAGGAGCUGCUCGAGUGGGCGAGGAGUGCAGAGCAAACACUUUAUUAAAAUUAAAAUUUAUCUAAAUUGCGACAGCAAGCUAUUCUAUCCGCAAAGUACUUAAAGAACUCCGCCUUUCGGUCCCUUCAUCCGUCGGCUGACAAUGACGGAAGGGUUGUUGUCAGGACUCUGGCAAAGUAUCUGCAUCCCAUCCCUUUGUGUUAACUGCACUUCUUGUUGCGUCUCCCGCCAGCCAAACAGCCAACCAGCCAGUCCUCUAGUCUGCCAACCAGCCAGCCAGGCAGUCGUCUUGAGUCCUGUGUCUGUCAAACGUCAGUCUUGGCGUUCUGGAGCGUUGAAAUUGAAAGCUUCGUUCGCUUUGUCUUCUAGCCAGGUGGGGAAACUGCAAGAACAAGGAUAGAGUACGCUGGAUGCAAGGGUAUGGCGCUGGUGCAGGGUCCUUGCAUUUUCAAUGUGUCACUUUGAUUUAUUAUUUUCGACAGCCCUCCCCACGGAGUUCCACUUGCUGGGCUCACGAGUCUAAGCUGGAGCAAAGCAG